AUGUGCAAAGGCUCCAAGACUGCUCUUUCGCCUUCCAACUCCAACAACAUGGAAGAGCCUUCGUUUAAGCAGAAAGGCAGCACCUUGUCUAGGUGCUCAGUUCUGCUAGAGCUUGCUGCCUCUGACAAUCUAGUUUUCUUCAGAAACGAAGUCGAAGGCAAAGGGCUGGAUGUUGAUGAGGCAAGCUACUGGUAUGUCAGAAGAAACGCCUCUCGGAAGAUGGGUUUUGAACUCCGAACCCCUCUCAUGAUUGCUUCCUUGUUCGGAAGCACAAGCGUGGUGAAAUACAUCGUUGCAACUGGGAAAGUCGAUGUCAACAGAGCUUGUGGCUCAGAUAAGGUCACCGCCUUGCACUGUGCUGUAGCUGGGGGCUCGAAUUCCUCGGUGGAGAUCGUCAAGGUGUUGCUUGAUGCUUCAGCUGAUGCUGAUUGUGUUGACCUUAAUGGAAACAAGCCGGCGGAUCUCUUCAUGCCUUCCUCCAAGUGCCCUUGCAACUCGAGGAGGAAGCUGAUCGAGUCGUUGCUCAAGGGUGAGAGCUUGAGUGAAGACGAGGAAGAGAAGCUUAUCAUGGCUGUUCCAGCUCAGCUAGCUAAAGAAGGAGCAACCGAGAGGAAAGAGUAUCCUAUCGAUGUGUCUCUCCCUGAUAUCAACACCGGGGUAUAUGGUACUGAUGAGUUCAGGAUGUAUUCAUUCAAGGUCAAGCCCUGCUCGAGGGCAUAUUCCCAUGACUGGACCGAGUGCCCCUUUGUCCACCCUGGCGAGAACGCGAGGAGAAGGGACCCAAGGAAGUACCCUUACAGCUGUGUCCCUUGCCCUGAAUUCCGUAAGGGCUCGUGCCAGAAGGGUGAUUCCUGUGAGUAUGCUCAUGGUGUGUUCGAGUCGUGGCUGCAUCCUGCUCAGUAUAGGACAAGGCUUUGCAAGGACGAGACUGGUUGUGCGAGGAAAGUGUGUUUCUUUGCUCAUAAGGUUGAGGAGCUGAGGCCGGUCCAUGCCUCCACAGGUUCAGCUAUGCUUUCUCCUCCUAGGUCUUCUGCUUCCGGGAUGGAGAUGGCUUCUUUGAGUCCGCUUUCUCUGGGUUCGAUGUCUAUGCCGAUGCCAACCGGCUCCACACCCCCCAUGUCACCUUUAGCAACGGCUUCUUCAUCUCCAAAGGCUGGGGGGUUGUGGCAGAACAAGAUCAAUUUCACCCCACCUGCGUUGCAGCUUCCAGGAAGCAGGCUGAAGACUGCUAUGAGUGCCAGAGAUUUUGAUCUGGAGUUGGAGCUGCUCAGGUUCGAGAACAAGACCAACCAAUUGCAGCAGCAACAGUUGAUGGAAGAGAUUUCGGGGCUCUCCUCACCAACCUGCUGGAGAGACAUGAACCCUACUAACCUCGACGAUGCAUUCGGAUCGCUCGACCCUUCUCGGAUGCAUUCGCCAACCGGUCUUCAGAUGCGCCAGAACGUGAACCAACUCCGUUCCAGUUACCCUUCCAACAUGUCAUCCUCUCCUCAAUCGGUGAGGAAGAUGGGGUCAUAUGGAGGGUUUGAUUCUUCCGCUGCAGUGGCUGCUGCUGUGAUGAACUCUAGGUCCUCAGCUUUUACAAAAAGGAGCCAGAGUUUCAUCGACCGUGGUGCAGUAGCCAACAACCGCCAUGGUUUCUCCGGACCAGCAGCCAACUCGAUUUCGAUGAUGUCAUCCCCCAACCAUCUCUCCGAUUGGGGCUCACCUGAUGGGAAGCUCGACUGGGGGAUGCAAGGAGAUGAGCUGAACAAGCUCAAGAGGUCUGCUUCUUUCGGGUUCAGAGGCAGCAACAACAACAACAACAACAGUCCCACAACCAGGCCUGCAAGUUUGGCGAUGUCGAACAAUGGCGAGCCUGAUGUGUCAUGGGUUAACUCAUUGGUUAAGGAGGUUCCAUCCGGCAUCGAUGGAGGUGUUCGUGAUAAUCGUUUCAGCCAUGGGAGUGGCGGCGUUCGUGAGUCAUCCAUUCCACCAUGGAUGGAGCAGAUGUAUAUAGAGCAGGAGCAGAUGGUGGCAUAA